AUGCAUACUGCCUUUUUUUCCCUCCCUUUUGGCUCAAGUUAUUACUCACCUGGUGAAUACUAUCUUGGUGCAAUGUUCUGUGAUGCUAUGGGAAGGGAUUACCCCGUCUGCCAGGAUACCUGCAAGGAACUCAUAUACUCUCUCGUUCUCCUGCUUCUUCUUAUACGGAGCUAUAUCUUUUGGGCAUUUCCAAUCUUCGUCGCUGCUAAGGGCUUUUGGCUGAUUAAACGUGCAUCUUUUCAUUUCCCUGUGAUAUGUUGGAUGAAUAUGCAAAACUUCAUAUGUCAAAGCAAUCCCCUUUCACGAAGUUCCUAUGUGGAUUUGUCCCAGAGGUACUACGAGGCCCUCAAAACUUCUGCUUCUCAAAAAUCAAUAUUUGUUACUCAAAAAACCCAUGCUCAGAUCACUGUCUCUGGUCUUUACUCUUCGACAUUUCUUCAAAACCAUCUGAUCAACUCGUACUCGAGGAUUGGAUUAGUCAGUGAUUCUGUGAAGGUUUUUUCAGAAGCUGAGUUUCGAAAUGUAUUUAGUUGGAAUACAAUGAUUAAUGGGCUGGCGGAUUCUGGUUUGAUGAAAGAAGCAGAAAAGCUGUUUGAUGAAAUGCCCGAGAAAGACUCUAUUUCGUGGAACUCAAUGAUGUCAGGUUACUUUAAUAAUGGGAAGGUCAGGGAUACGAUAAAAGUGUUUGUUUUGAUGAUUAAGGAUCACCGUUGUGUUCCGGAUUUGUUUUCUUUUUCUUGUGUGAUGAAGGCUUGUGCAAGUCUCAGAUAUGUGAAGCUUGCUUUUCAGCUUCAUGGUUUAGCUGCAAAGUUUGAAUUUUGGGAAGGUAAAUCAAUCAGUUCAUCGAUAAUUGAUAUGUAUAUAAAAUCAGGUGAAUUGGACUAUGCCGAGAGAGUGUUUUCAAGGAUAUCUGGUCCUAAUUUAUUUUGCUGGAAUAGUAUGAUUCAUGGCUAUUCCAAAUUUCAUGGUAUCCAAAUGGCUCUUGAUUUGUUUAAUCAAAUGCCUGAGCGCGAUGUUGUUUCGUGGAAUACCAUGAUUUCUAUCCUAUCUCAACAUGGAAUUGGAAAGCAGACACUAAGUAUGUUUGUUCAAAUGUGCAAUCUAGGUUUUGUACCAAACUCGAUGACCUAUGCUUCUGUUCUUAGUGCAUGCACGAGCAUCAGUGAUUUGUCAUGGGGUACUCACUUACAUGCUCGAGUUCUUCGGAUGGUGCCAAAUCUUGAUGUCUAUAUUGGCAGCGGUUUGAUUGAUAUGUAUGCAAAAUGUGGAUGGCUGGAAUAUGCGAAACGGGUUUUUAGUAACUUAAAAGAGCAGAAUGAGGUCUCAUGGACUUCUUUAAUUGGGGGAGUUGCUCAAUUUGGUUGUGGAGAGGAAGCUCUGGAGAUUUUCAAAAAGAUGAGGGAGGUUCCAAUGGCACCUGAUGAAUUUACUGUUGGUACUGUUAUUGGAGUUUGUUCAAGUUUAAAGGAUAAAUCUCUUGGGGAACAGAUCCAUGCAUAUGUAAUGAAGAUAGGAGUGCAUUCCUCUGUGCCUGUGGGGAAUGCUCUUGUUACAAUAAUGCUGAGAAGGAUUUAUCUUUUCCUUUUUCCUCUGCCUACUUGCAUGGGUUUUUUCUGGUGA